AUGGAGUCCCAAAUCACCCAGAACACAUUCUGCACCUAUACAGGGCCACGCUUCGAAGCAGAAACCACCGUAUUCUUCAUCUCCGGUAAUCCAGGCUUAAUCGGAUACUACCACCCCUUCCUUUCUUUGCUGGCGCAGAACCUGGCGGAACCCUCGGGACAGAGCAAAACCGCCUACCAGAUCUACGGAUGCAGUCUUGGUGGCUUCGAGGUAGAUGAAAGAACAUCUUUGGAUGGUUCUCGGUUCCAGGGGAAUAAGGACGAGCCCGAGCUCCAUGACCUGGAAGACCAGAUCCGCUUUGUUCAUCAGCGGCUUACUGCCGUGAUGGGCGAGUCCAAUGCUUCAGAUGCCUCGGAUCCGCCGGUCCCGCGAAAGCGCAAGGUCGUGCUCAUUGGGCACUCUGUUGGUACCUACAUCGCCAUGGAAGUCGUGAAACGACAUCGCGAGGCUGCGGAUGUAUCUGAUUUUGAUAUUGUUGGCGGCGUAAUGCUGUUCCCGACUGUGAUGGAUAUUGCUGCUUCGCCAUCGGGCCAGAAGCUAACGAGACUUUUAUCGUUCAUCCCCAGGCUAGCCUUAGUUGUCAGCUUCUUUGCCCGAUUGCUCACUCUCGUUCUGCCAGCGACUGCUCUUCGCUCUAUCGUCCGUUUUGUGAUGAAUGAUCCUCCGGUACAUGCGCUGGAUACGACAUGUAAUUUCUUGCAGAGUCGUGGUGGCGUUAAACAAGCUUUACAUAUGGCAGCCGAUGAGAUGCGGAGCAUCACAUCAGAUAAAUGGGCAGACGAUGUAUGGGGUGUUGCUCAUGCGCGUGAGCCCAUCACGAAAAUGUUCUUCUAUUUUGGUGUUAAUGAUCAUUGGGUUGCUGAAAAGACGAGAGAUGAUAUUAUUGCGGCUCGCGGAGAGAAAGAUGGCUCGGGGCCGAGGAUGUUUGUUUGCGAGGAGGGCUUGCCCCAUGCAUUUUGUCUAAAGCAUAGUGAGACCAUGGCUCGCAAGGUCGCGGGCAUGAUACAGGAUAUUAGAAGUACAUAA